AUGUCUACCUUCCCCCUAAUGGUCCGCCACAUCCGACGCCUCGUCUCUUCCCGCGCGUUCUCCACCACCUCGCAAAGCCGGGAUUGGUACGUGCCGACACCUCUCGUACACGAAUCCGUAGCCGGAGGCUGGCACACCUACGACAUUUACUCGCGGCUGUUAAAGGAGCGGAUCAUCUGCCUGAACGGGCCGGUGCACGACGGGCUGAGCGCGGCGAUCGUCGCGCAGCUGCUAUUCCUCGAGGGCGAGUCGCCCGACAAGCAGAUCAACAUGUACAUCAACUCGCCGGGCGGCUCGGUGACCGCGGGCCUGGCCAUCUACGAUACCAUGCAGUACAUCCGCUCGCCGGUGAGCACCAUCUGUGUGGGCCAGGCUGCGUCGAUGGGGUCGCUGCUGCUGGCGGCCGGCGCGAGGGGGAAAAGAUAUGCCCUGCCCCAUGCGAGCAUCAUGUUGCAUCAGCCGAGUGGUGGUUAUGCGGGCCAGGCGUCGGACAUCGCGAUUCAUGCGAAGGAGAUCCUGCGCGUGCGCGAGAAGUUGAACCAGAUUUACGUCGAUCACUUGACGAAGCCCCACACGCUCGAGGAAAUUGAAAAAUUACUCGAACGCGACCACUUUAUGCCAGCUGAGGGUGCAUUGGAGAUGGGUCUUGUAGACGAAGUUCUGGGAACACGGAAGACGACGCCCGAGUCGCCCGAGUCACCGCCUUCUGAGACCAAGAGUUCGUAG